GACUCGUUAUUGACUCGGUCGUCGAUCUCUCGACUCAUCGGUGCUUCCCCGAUUUCACUUGGUUCUUCAGCAGAGGAGAGAGCUGGGGCUGUUGAACUGGAAUUCUUGCGGGGAAGUAUGAGCAUUUUCAGCCCUGGCGAAGGUGAAGGCAAUUCGUAGGGUUCGGGUUUGCCGAGUUUCCUGGGAGGGAUAUCAGUGAUAUUUCUUCCAUGGGCAAUGGCGGAGUUGCAUGCGUGCCCUCACAGCAUAUCAUGGAGCGUUUUUCUACUUGCAGAAACAUGAACAACAACAACAACAACAAAAAACUCUCUUCUCCCUCUACUACACCUUCAAAGCUCGUGAAUGACAAUGCUAAAAUGAAGCCACAUAAAGAAAAAUGCGGGGUGGAGUUGAAUGGGAUAAGUGAAAGUAAGGAAGUUGAGAAUAAGAACUAUGACAGUUUGAGUGAUGAAAUUGAGGAGGGCGAGCUAGGUACCUUGCCACUGGAGAAAGAGGACCAUGUUCCUGAUAAUCAUCCAGUGCAGAGGAAAUAUGAAAUAAGGAGUGAAAUUGAAAAGGCAGAGGUUGUGGUUGAGAAAGGGAGGAGAGGAGGGGAGGGUCAGAAGAGUGUGUUUUCAAAUAGGAAACACCGGAAAAGAGCUUCGAGAAGUAAUAAGGUUGCUAAGAACGAGAACAGGUAUGAAUUGGAGAAAGGUGAGUUUAUACCGGAUGAUAAGUGGCGGAAGAGUGAAGUUGCAGCUAAGGAUGAUUAUGACCAUCCCAGGCCGCGCAGGUAUGAAACAUCAAAGGACAGGGGGUGGAAGGGAGAGCUUGAGUGGACGCCACCACCUUCUACCAAGGACAAGGGAUGGGGAAAUGAUUCUGAGUGGACACCACCAUAUUCUGGUAAGUACUCUGGUGACAAAGAUUUCAGCAAUAAAAGAGGCGGGGGUAAGCACGGGAAGAAAUCUUCCAGACAUGAAUCCAGACGCAUCGAAGAGAGGAAUCUGAGGAUUGACUCUAAAAUUGUGAGCGAGGAAACUUCCUCCAAGAAUGAGCUCAACAAUGGAAAAAAUCAUGCAAGAGAAUACUCAUCUGGUAAUCGUUUGAAGCGUCACGGAACUGAUUCAGACAGCAGUGACAGAAAAUACAAGGGUGAGAAUGAUGACCAUUCUAGUUCCAAAUGCCGCAAAGUUUAUGAUGAUGGUACUCGUUCUACACACACAACAGAGCACUAUUCACGCCGCUCUAUGGAGAGAUCGUACAGAACUGCUACGUCUGGUCGUAACUCUGUUACUGAGAGACAUUCUUCCAGGAAUCAUGAUUCAUCUAGAGCAGCUCGCAGUAAGAACAAUAGUAGCCCUCAUUCUGAGAGGUCCCCGCAGAGCCUGAUCCGUCAACUUGAUUCCCGGGAUCGUAGCCCAGACCGCCAUAGGAAUCAUCAUGAUGAUCAAAGUAGGUCUCCCCAUGGCCGCAGUCGUCUUUCUGAUCAAAGAAGGAGCCCCAGUUAUUCUGAUUGUUCCCCACCAGAUCAAGCCCGAUACAAUGACCGAAAGGAAAGGAAUCUCAAUUUCACGGAAAGGUCCCCACGUGAUCAUGGUAGGCCUGCUAAUUCUAGGGAAACAUGUCGGAAGAGUGGGGCUAGCGAGAAGCAAGAAAAAGAAAGUCUUGUGGAAGUUAAACAUCUAGAUGAGAAUUCUAACCCGAAGGAUUGCAGUGCAAGGGAUGGCCACAUUUCUGUGAAAGAUUCUGAAGCUAGAAGUUCUCCCAGCAAUAAUAUUGGAUCGAUUUGCAAAGCUGGUGGGCAACAGAGGCAUGAGGGAGAAUUGCUUCCAUGUCCUUCAGGGAGUGCCAUGGAGUCGCUGAUAGAAUAUGGAGUCUCUGAGGAGGGUUGUUCCAUGGAAGAGGACAUGGACAUAUGCAAUACACCACCACAUGUCCCUGUGGCUGCUGAUGCAGUGGUAGGAAAGUGGCAGUACCUAGAUCAGUUUGGUAUGGAACAAGGGCCUUGCAGCUUAUGUAGCCUGAAAACACUUGUGGAAGAGGGCUGUCUUGCAUCUGAUCACUUCAUCAAGCACAUAGACACUGAGAGGUGGGUAACUGUUGAAAAUGCAGUUUCCCCAAUACUGACUGCUAAUUUUCCCUCAAUUGUUUCAGAAACUGUUACCCAACUGGUGAGUCCUCCUGAGGCUCCUGGUAAUUUCUCAGAAGAUAUUGGUGAAUUGUCUCAAACUGACAUGAUUGAGAAAGUUUCAUUUCCAGUAUCGUGCUAUAUAGACAGUACCACUGCAUCUGAUUCUUCAGAAGAUCUUUGUAUUGAUGAAAGGGUUGAGGCUUUAGUGAAAGAUAUCACUGUAAUCCCUGGUCGGGAACUUGAGCUUGUUGGAGAGGUGCUCAAAUUGAGCUCAGAGCAUAGGGGAUGUGAGAGAUGGGAUGAAAUUGAAGGUUUCACUUGGGACCAUUCUCUUGUAGGUGAUCACUUAAAUGAAAGAAGCGUUGAGUGUGUCUCUGAGAUUUCGCCAACAGAAUUCUCAGAAUCUAGGCCAAUUUUGAUGGCAUUAUCUGAGGCAGAUAAUGCAUUUUCCUGUGCUGACAUUGAUGAAUGGUUUUCCGGACGUUGGUCAUGCAAGGGUGGUGAUUGGAGGAGGAAUGAUGAAACUUCUCAAGACAAAUCCUGGAAAAAGAAACUUGUUCUAAAUGAUGGGUAUCCUCUUUGCCAGAUGCCCCAAUCUGGGAAUGAAGAUCCAAGGUGGCAUGAAAAGGAUGAAUUAUAUUACCCUUCACAGAGCAGGAAGUUUGAUCUUCUUUCCUGGGCUUUUACACAUCCGGAUGAGGGGAAUGAUUCUAAUGCUGCAAGCAGAUUUGGUCAAAUUAAGUCUGCCAGUGUUAGAGGUGUGAGGGGAUUGGUGCUUCCUGUGAUCAGGAUAAAUGCAUGUGUGGUCAAGGACCAUGGUUCAUUUGUGUCUGAGAGCCGUUCAAAAGUUAGGGCAAAGGAAAGAUGUCCUCCAAGGUCCAGCCGUAUAUAUUCUGCAAGCCGUGAUACAAAGAUGACUGAAGAAGCUGUUUCUUGCACACAAAGCACACCAGAAACAGACUCACGCAGCUCCCACAAGAGCAGAUUACCCUUGAGCAUUCCAAAAGAUCACAUUCGCACAUUUAGUGAGUUGCAAUUGCAGAUCGGUGAUUGGUACUAUUUUGAUGGUGCUGGGCAUGAGAAAGGGCCUUUUUCAUUUUCAGAGUUGCAGUUAUUGGUUGACCAAGGUGUUAUCAAGAAAUAUAGCAGUAUCUAUAGGAAAGCGGAUAAGAUCUGGGUUCCAGUUACUUCUGGUAUGGAGACUCCUGAUAGGUUAAAGGGUCACCAAAAGAAUCAUGGGAAGUCCAAGGAUGCUUCAGGAUCCACCCUUUCAAAGUCAACUGAUUUGUUGAGUGGAAGCACUAACAUUUCAAGUACAUUUCAUUCUUUGCAUCCCCAGUUCAUUGGGUUCACUAGAGGUAAACUCCAUGAGUUGGUGAUGAAGACUUACAAGAGCAGAGAGUUUGCUGCUGCUAUCAAUGAGGUCUUAGAUCCCUGGAUCAGUGCUAGACAACCAAAGAAGGAGUUGGAUAUCUUUCAUAAAUCAGAUCAAUUUCGUGCAAACAAAAGGGCCAGGCUGGAUGGAAGUGGAGACGAGUAUGAGUUGGAAGAUGAUACAACAACCCUUGCAAGGGAUGAGUGCUCAUUUGAGGAGGUAUGGGGUGAUGCACCUUUAAACAAAAAUCUUAGUUCAGAGUCCCAACUUGAAAGGCAGAGCUGGGGGUUGCUUGAUGGUCGUAUACUUGCAAGGGUGUUUCAUUUCCUUAAAGCUGAUAUAAAAUCCCUGGUUUAUGCUGCUUCUGCUUGUAAACACUGGAGAUCUGUUGUUAGAUUCUACAAGGACAUCUCGAGGCAGGUUGACUUGUCUUCUUUCUCUUCAUGUUGCACAGAAUCCAUGAUGAGGAGCAUAAUGAAAGGCUAUAACAGGCAGAAGAUUAGUUCCUUGGUUUUACGCGGUUGUGUCACUAUUACCUCCAGUAUGCUUGAGGAAAUCCUUCAAUCAUUCUCCUGCCUAUUGACUAUAGACAUUAGAGGUUGCUGCCAGUUUGAAAAUUUGCCUCUUAAAUAUCCAAACAUUAACUGGAUCAGAAGUCAUGGCCUGGGUUUGAAGUUGAAACCCCUCAAGAACUUAGCUGAUAAGACAUUGUCAUCUCAUGUAGAUGAGUCAAGGGGACUGAGAGACUAUUUGGAAAGUUCAGAAAAGAGAGACUCCGCAAACCAGUUAUUCCGUCGAAGUUUAUACAAACGUUCGAAAGCUUUUGAUGCUAGAAAGUCCUCUUCUAUCUUGUCCCGAGAUGCCCAUUUGAAGCGUUUGGCAAUGAAAAAGUCUGAAUAUGGUUACAAGAAAAUGAGAGAAUAUUUUGUCUCCAGCCUGAAGGCAAUAAUGAAAGAGAACUCCUUCGACUUUUUUAUUCCAAAGGUUGCAAAAAUUGAGGAGAGAAUAAAAAGUGGAUACUAUACUCUCCAUGGCCUCAGAUCUGUCAAAGAAGAUAUAAGCCGGAUGUGUCAUGAUGCACUGAAAAUGAAAAAUCGUGGUGAUUCCAAAGAGAUGAAUCACAUCAUUGAGUCAUUUAUAUGCCUUGCUACAAGACUGGAAGAAGGCCCAGUGUCAUUUUAUGGAGAUGAGAUGCCAAGAAGUUCAAAGGAUGGCUCACCCCCUGGGUUCUCGGCUACUACUUCUAAGUAUAGGAAGAUUCUCAAUAAAGCCACUGAAAAGAAGUACAACAGUGCCAGUAAUGGAUAUACCUUGACUAAUGGUGUAUCUGACUUUGGUGAAGAUGCAUCUGAUCGAGAAAUAAAAAGGCGUCUAUCUAAGCUGAAUGUAAAAGCAUUGCGCUCAAGGAGUGUAAAAACCGACGACUUUGGCCGAUCUUCUGAUGAAAGCAUGACUGAUAGUGAGAGUUCUGCUUCUGAAACAGAAAGUGAUUUGGAUUUGCACUCUGAAAGCGGGACAUUGGAAUCUAAAGGGGAUCCAUAUUUUACUAUUGAUGAUGGCUUUGAUUCCUUUGUUGAUGAUCGGGAAUGGGGUGCUCGAAUGACCAAGUCAAGCCUUGUUCCUCCAGUUACUAGAAAGUACGAAGUCAUUGAUCAUUAUGUUAUUGUAGCUGAUGAGAAAGAAGUAAAAAGAAAGAUGCUAGUGUCUUUGCCAGAGGAUUAUGAUGAGAAGCUUAGUGCCCAAGGAAAUGGCAUAGAUGAGUCUGAUAUGGAAAUUCCUGAAGUCAAGGUUUAUAAACCUCGAAAGCGUCUUGGGGAUGAGGUGAUUGAGCAGGAAGUAUAUGGAAUUGAUCCAUACACACACAAUCUUCUUCUUGAUUCCAUGCCCGAGGAGUCUGAUUGGUCUCUCCUUGAUAAGCAUUUAUUUAUUGAAGAUGUACUCCUACGAACUCUUAACAGGCUAGUUAGGGACUUCACAGGUAAUGGAAACACUCCUAUGAUAUAUCCUCUGAAACCUGUCUUUGAAGAGAUCCUAAAAGAAGCGGAGGAAAAUCAGGACAAUCGAACUGGAAUGCUAUGCGGGAUCAUCUUGAAGGCAAUUGAUAGCCGUCCUCAGGAUAAUUAUGUUGCUUACCGGAAGGGACUUGGUGUGGUUUGCAACAAAGAAGGUGGAUUUGGCCAAGAAGACUUUGUUGUUGAGUUCCUUGGUGAGGUUUAUCCUGCUUGGAAGUGGUUUGAGAAACAAGAUGGCAUCCGCUCAUUGCAGAAUAAUAAUAAAGAUCCUGCCCCUGAAUUCUAUAACAUAUAUCUUGAACGGCCUAAGGGCGAUGCUGAUGGGUAUGAUCUAGUUGUUGUUGAUGCUAUGCACAAGGCGAAUUAUGCAAGCCGAAUCUGUCAUUCAUGUAGACCUAACUGUGAAGCAAAAGUAACUGCUGUUGAUGGCCAGUACCAAAUUGGAAUUUACAGUGUGCGUCCAAUAGCAUUUGGUGAAGAGGUCACCUUUGAUUAUAAUUCUGUGACAGAGAGUAAAGAAGAAUAUGAAGCUUCUGUGUGCUUGUGUGGCAGCCAGGUUUGCCGUGGGAGUUACCUGAACCUUACAGGUGAAGGGGCCUACCAAAAGGUCAUGGAACAAUAUCAUGGAAUACUAGAUAGACAUGGGCUGUUGUUGGAGGCCUGUGAACUAAAUUCAGUUUGUGAAGAUGACUAUAUUGACCUGGGCAAAGCUGGGCUUGGGAGUUGUUUGCUUGCUGGGUUGCCAGAGUGGUUGAUUGCAUAUUCAGCUCGUGUGGUGAGAUUCAUCAAUCUCGAGAGGAUAAAACUUCCCGAUGAGAUUCUUAGGAAUAAUUUGGAAGAGAAGAAGAAGUACUUCUCUGAUGUUUGCAUUGAAGUGGAAAAGAAUGAUGCCGAGAUCCAGGCUGAAGGUGUUUACAAUCAAAGGCUUCAGAACCUUGCCCUUACUCUUGAUAAGGUAAGGUAUGUCAUGAGAUGCGUGUUUGGUGAUCCAAAAGAGGCGCCUCCUCCAUUGGAGAGGCUUAGUCCUGAGGCAGCGGCCUCUUUCAUUUGGAGAGGAGAGGGGUCACUCGUAGAGGAGCUUCUUCAAUGCUUGUCUACUCAUAUGGAAGACAGUGUGAUCUGUGAACUCAAGUCCAAAAUUCGUGCUCGAGAUCCUUCUCGGUCUGGUGACGUUGGCCGGGAGCUUAGGAGAUCUUUACUCUGGUUGAGGGAUGAGGUCCGGGACUUACCAUGUACAUACAAAUGUCGGAAUGAUGCUGCUGCUGAUUUGAUCCAUAUAUAUGCUUACACAAAGUGCUUCUUUAGAAUAAGAGAAUACAAGACUGUAACCUCCCCACCUGUAUAUAUCAGUCCUCUUGACCUUGGACCCAAGUAUGCUGAUAAGCUAGGGCCAGGUGUGCAUGAAUAUAGGAAGACGUAUGGUGAGAAUUACUGUUUAGGACAACUAAUUUAUUGGCAUAAUCAAGCAAAUGCGGAGCCAGACAAUAGCCUGGCCAGGGCAAGCCGGGGUUGCUUGUCUCUACCAGAAAUCGACUCUUUCUAUGCCAAAGCCCAGAAGCCUUCACGCCAGCGUGUUUAUGGCCCCAGGACAGUCAAGUUUAUGCUAUCCAGAAUGGAGAAGCAUCCCCAGAGACCAUGGCCAAAGGAUCAGAUAUGGUCAUUCAAGGGCAGCCCUAAAAUCGUGGGCAGCCCAAUGCUAGACGUUGUGUUGCACAAGGCCACUUCUGUAGAUAGGGAAAUGGCUAUCUGGUUGAAGAACCGACCCGCCAUUUUCCAGGCAGCUUGGGAUAGAUGAAAAUUUUGCAGUCGAUACAGCAGCAGCAUGAGGAUUUGUCGUUUAAGGGUUUGUGUGUAGUUGCUUAGGUUUUUCUUUUCCCCCUCUUCUUUUUUUUAUUGUUUGAAGAUAGAGUAGGCUGGCGGCCGCCUCUCCCUUUACUCCAGGGGGGGUUAUCGGUGGUUGCUUCCAUAUAUAUAUAUACCAACAGAUAUAUAUAAGCAAGGCUCGAUCUCUUCUGGCGCUUCCGUUGUCUAUUCUUAUGUACAGUUUCAGUUCUAUUUUCCAUUCUUUUUCAAGUUUCUCUGUUCUAUGUAAUGUGUAAUUCUUCAUUUUAGGGGUGAUUUUGAUUCCUUAUUCAAUGAAAAUAUAUCACGACCACAAGAAGGACCAAUCUUUUUCAGUUCUCCUUUCACCCCCUCUUUGCUGUAAACCGUGUUG